AUGCCCUUUGUGUAUUGCUCGGCUACAACCAAGCGUAUCCUGCUGAACAUGGAAAAGUAUCCCCAUCGCAUCAACUUUGCGAAGGGCAUCCUUGAGGCCCGCAAACAGCACUAUCGGCACCUGAAGACAGUCCUCAGACCACUGCCAAUGAACACGGUCACGGCAAUCGAGCUUGGCCCAAAACUAACAGUUCGGGUGACAUUGCUGGACGCGAACCACUGUCCUGGUGCGGUCAUGUUCCUGAUUGAAGGCGAUGGCAAGGCCAUUCUUUACACGGGAGACAUCAGGGCUGAACCGUGGUGGGUGAAUUCGAUUGUGCAAAACCCCGUCUUACUUCCGUAUGCUUGCGGCUUGAAAUUGCUUGACUGCCUCUAUCUCGACACCACGUUUGCCACUCGCGAUGAACCAUACAGCAACUUCCCAACAAAAGCUGAGGGGCUGAAGGAGCUUCUUGAGAAAGUGAUACAAUGCCCUCCAGACACGAUAUUCUACUUUAGGGCGUGGACUCUGGGCUACGAGAACGUUUGGGUCGCUCUAUCCAACACUUUGCAAUCCCGGAUCCAUGUGAACGAAUAUCAGUUCCGGAUAUUUGGCGACGGCAUUGAAAAUCCUGGCGGUAAUGACAGUGCUGCACUGACAGGCUUCACUGUCGGCAACAGUCAGCUUCCGGGUUGCCUCAGCCUGGACAGCACCGCAAGGAUUCAUAGCUGCGAACCCGGACUGGAGUGCCACUCUGAAAUCAAAAAAAUGAAGAACAUCAAGUGGAUAACUCCGAUAAUUUCGAGACUCAAAGAUGGGACUGAGAUCAGGGAGCUUGGGGCCGGAGGAGGCGCGAGAGACCUCUAUCCCACGUCUGAAUUGAAGGUCGAGGAUCACGCUUCUGUCCAGCAGCUUAUGAGCCUCUUUGCAUCUUCCGUGGACGACGCCACGUCGAGGUUGAAUAUACUUCGAGCACUUGGACAUUUCGGAGCCACAGGGGACUUGUCUCUCGCCCUCGAAGCACCAGACGAUUUAGGACUUGACGAGAAGGGUCAGAUCCAGCUGAAGGAUUUUGUGCCCUUCCUAGCAAAGAGAUACGGCGAGAAAGAGACUUCACUUCUAGAGCAGAUGCACUCCACUCAAGAGUCAAGGCCUCGGAUCGUGACAAGCGAUACCAUACACUUUCCUUAUUCUCGCCAUUCCUCAUAUAACGAGCUUCGUGAUUUUGUUGGGUUGUUCCGACCCAGGGAUAUCUGCCCCUGUACCGUCUGCCCAGAGACUUGGACCGAGGAGCUCAGCAUGCAAGCACUUUUCGGAGACCUCUGUUCAGAGCAAACAUUCUACUUUGAUCAAGAGACUAGAGAAGUAGUUGAAAAGUUGAGGGAAGGGAAUGGUCCCAGGAGUGCUAGUGGCAAAAGGAAACGAGCCGACGACGAUACUCAGGAGACAGAAUCUCAGAAUACCAACAAUGACGAUCAUAUAAGCGUGGGUGAAGAAAUGGAGAUUCUGAGCCCCCUCAAGAAGACUGCUGGGCUCAGAGAUGCAGAGCCAGAUCUAGAGAGCUGCAACCAAAAAGCGUAUGAGCCAAACCCCGAUGGCGUCCCUCAGGCCCGUGCAGCAUUCCGGCAACGCCGAAGGAGCCUGGACUGCGACUUGUUGGAGGACGAUACGAACGAUGAGCCCUUGUCCCCCUCGGUCUUCGACAGUCAGCCAGGAGACCAACUCGUCCUAUCUCAUGAAGAUAUCGAAGAGCAGUCGUCGCGGCUCUCAGGAGCUCAGCGAGGACUACAAGGCCUAUACAAGCUGGACAGCUUGUCCCUCGACGCGAAAGAGAAGUUAAUACGGAGGCAAGAGAGGAUCUGGGCAUAUAAGGCUGCAAAAAGAUGCCUGGAACACAAUGACAGCUCGGACUGGGAUGCAAUACCUUUGAGAAGUGUAGGCCACAUUGGACAUGAUAUUGAGGAGAACGAGCUGUGA